AAUAUAACCGUUUUUAUGUGUUAGUACUAAUUGACUCUUUGUAGCUCAAAUUGUCUAAUGUUCUAAAAAUUAGCAAUGUGAACCGAUCCGUAUGGCAUUUGACAUUCACUUCAGCAGUUUUCGAAAUGUCACAGACGCCGCAUCAUUCAUUCCGAGAAAACAUACAGCGUUGUGAACACGAAGUCAACAAAUUGAAACUCUUACAUUUUAUCUUACAAUUUAAACUGGAAAUUUACAUUGCAAUUUAAUUUAUCUACGAUUUUGCUGGUAUUUCAUUUCGUUUUAUUUUCGAUUUACGUGCGUUUUGUAUCGAUUUGAUCCGGAGUUCACAUUGAAUUCAAGUCGCCAAAGUUAGGACAAUGGCGAAUCGUUUCAAGCCAUCAAUACCAGCGGGGGGAGAGACGAAAGAUGAAAUUACGACGAUCAAAUGUGCGCUAAAGACAAUCAUUCGCCCACAAUACCAGCAAGCAUUGAUGAGCAAAAUAACGGAUCUGAGUUUGCAAGCCACUUCCAUUUGUGUUUUGGGCUCAUUGCUGUUCUUGUUUGAGGUGCAAAAGGCGUUCGAAUAUAGGCGUCGAGAACAAUAAUUUCGCAUUGUUUGGUGGAAGUGGAGAAGAUAAGAUCAAACUCUGCUUUGAACAAGUGCUAUGGCACAACAAUCAGCCAUCAAAACCGAAGUCAAGGUAUAAACCAAGCGGAACAAAGCCACGAGGACCACGAGCAGAGCUGCCACGUAUCGAUCCUGAAUUCAAGGCAAUUGUCGAAGGUCUUGACGACUAUCAUCGUAUCGAUUGGCCCAACAACAAAGAUUUCUGCAAUGGCCUUAAGCAUUUGAGCAAUCAGUACACAGAUAACGUGGUCACCAAUCUUGAAACGCAUGCUAACAAACACAUCACCCAGUACUUGGUACUGAAAGUGUUUGAAUUGAACUCAAACUUGGAAGAGGAUGGAGAGAAAUUUUUGCCAAGUGACAUCGAAAAUGUUGUCAAGUUGAUCAUCAAGCAAAAAGAUAUCAAAGUGCCAAGUCGCGAUCCAAACAAACUUGUACGGUGUGAGGUGUUGUAUGAUAUCGUGAGAGAUUGCAAUGUGUUCCCAGAAAUCGAUCUGCAUGACCUUACAACUGACCCAAAACAUUGGUAUAAGGCCAUGCCAAUGUACCUAUCCAUGCAGCGCGAGAUAGAAGAGUACAAUUCGGAGUGGCCACAUCAGCGCCGACCCAAACGCAAGAAGAGAAAGCGAAAAAAGACAAAAGGAAAAUGGAAACGCAAGCGCAGCCAAAUGCUCGACAACCCAGAUUUUCGGCCAUUCAUCCGAAAUUUAGUAGUGGUGCCGAUGUGUGAUUUCCGGCGUACGCACUUCAGAAUCGAUUGUUCAUCCAUGCACCAGGUGUUGUCUUCGCAAAAAUUGCUACCGAAAGUGGAAAUCGAGAAUAAAAAAGGAACAACAAGCACGAAAACGAUUCAACAAAAGGAUUUCAAUCGGGACAGAGAUUAUUGGUGGAAUCAGUAUUUUUACAUGCGAAAAAUUCGACGAUUCGUGCGUGCCAAAAAGCAGUUUGACUAUUCCAUAAACACCGAUGGAAUCUCUGUGUCUCUCCAGUACUCGGCCAAAAAGAAGACAGCCAACAAAGAAAUCGACCAAAAAUCUCGCAUCAUUCAGAAGAUUGAGGAUGGCACAAUCAAAAAUUUUUCGGGCGUUGAUACAGGUGUGCGAAGUUGGAAUACCACAACAACACACGACAUUGAAACUGGCAAAGAAACCAACUUUGUAAUGUCGAGCAAGCAAUUCCACUGGCAAACAGGUCAAAAGGUGCGAAAUGCCAAAGCAGCGCGAUGGACCAAAAAUUUCGUCGAAAUGGAGCGCGCAGACAGAGAAAACCGUGAUCUGUAUCCAGUGAUGCCGUCGCCAAAAGGGUCAAUGUGGCUGAACUACAUCAAACACCGAGUCAAGAUGAUGAAGCAUGGAAUCUGCGCUUACUCGACUGCCAAAUACACUCGACUCGCCUUGGACAAACACAUCAAGAGCAGUAGUGUUGUCGACGAAUGGGUGAAUAAGGUGACCGAUAAGAAACCGACUCUGUUCUUUUUUGGUGCUGAUGGCGAAAUACCACCUGAUACCGCCGAAUAAGUAUCAAGAAGCACGUGCGGUGCCCAGGGGUGCGUAAGACUUUGAGGUCAAUAAAGAAGCGCCGAGAUUGUUUCAUACAAUUGGUGGACGAAUGGGGAACAU